GAUCGUGACAAAGCCAAAGUGAAAGCAGCGGAGAUCAUUUCAUAUGUUGACGAUUACAACUAUUCUUGAAGUAAUGUCUACCUCAGCUAACUUGCCAGAAGCCGAACAUUCCGGGUUGUUGAAGUUUCUCUCUGCUGCGUUCUACGCCGUCAGUUCAUUCUUGAUCAUUGUUGUUAACAAAACGAUUCUCACAAACUACAGAUUUCCCUCGUACAUGUUUCUAGGAAUUGGACAGAUGGCCACUACAAUCAUCAUUCUCUAUGCUGCUAAAAUUAACCAAACAGUUCACUUUCAAGACUUUGACAGAAGCAUUUUCAUCAAAAUCUUCCCUCUACCUCUGCUGUAUGUUGGAAACCACAUAACAGGACUGGCGGGUACAAAGAAGUUAAGUUUACCCAUGUUCACAGUCUUAAGGAAGUUCACCAUAUUGAUGACAAUGAUCAUGGAAGCAAGGAUAUUGAAAAAACAAAUCCCUAGUCGUCUGAUCUACAGUGUUUUGGCCAUCGUUUUUGGAGCAUUGGUGGCAGCAAGCUCUGACUUGGCCUUUGAUGCCGAGGGCUACACAUUCAUUCUGCUUAAUGAUGUCUUCACUGCUGCCAGUGGUGUGUACACCAAGAAGAAACUGGGAACUGAGGGUCUUGGAAAAUAUGGGAUCUUAUUUUACAAUGCAUUCAUCAUUUUCAUUCCAACUCUUUUGGCUAGUGCUUUCACUGGGGAUUUACACAAGGCCAUUACAUAUGAACACUGGUUGAACACCCCCUUUGUUUCUUGCUUCCUUAUGUCCUGCAUCAUGGGGUUUGUGCUGAUGUAUUCAAUAGUGCUGUGUAGCCACUACAACUCAGCACUCACCACCACAGUGGUGGGAGCAAUUAAGAAUGUUGCUGUGGCCUACAUCGGUAUGUUUUUAGGUGGAGAUUACCUCUUUUCAUGGACAAACUUCCUGGGCUUGAAUAUUUGUAUAUCAGGGGGACUUGUGUAUUCCUACCUGACGUUCCACAGCAGCAGCAAACCAUCCCAAUGCAAUGGAAGCAGAAUCCAGAAAAAACAGGAUCAGCUGAAGAUUCCCAUUAUGGAAGAUUCCACAGACAGACUCCUUGUAAAAUAAGUUAUCUUUAUUUCACCUUUUAUUUGAUCAGGGUCCCAUUGAGACCAAGGCCUCUUUUUGAAGGGAGCUCUGCGUGAACACAAUUUGUAAGUGAAUACACCUGCGAUACAACUGGUCAUGAUGCCAUAGUUUAUUUUCUGUACUGUAAGCACAACCCUUUAACGGCUCCAUAUUGUAGCAGACGUUCUUACAUUUUAUGUUUUAAUGUAACUUUAUGAAAAAUUAUGAUCAUACUUGACAAUGUUUAUUUGUGUUGCAAGUUGAAACCUGGAAUUUUAAUUGUGUUGUCAAGACAAGUGGUGUUAUACUAUACAUACAUACAUACAUACAUACAUACAUACAUACAUACAUACAUACAUACAUACAUACAUACAUACAUACAUACAUACAUACAUACAUACAUACAUACAUACAUACAUACAUACAUACAUACAUACAUACAUACAUACAUACAUACAUACAUACAUACAUACUAGUACAUGUGUAAAUAGCAAUGGCCACUAGUGGUUACUAAGCAACCCGUGAAACCAAUGUGUGUACUGAGAAACAUACUAUAGUGUAUUGAGCUGUAUGUUCAAGGACAACUAAACUGCAGUGUAGUGAUGAUGAAGCUCUUACCAACCAUUAGCACAGCAAUAAACUAGAAGGAAUGAACCCGUCUCCUGGAUCAUGAUCAUUGAUGGUGUUUAUUGAAGACCAACAAGUACCAACAGUGUGGACUGCCUAUAAAGAGAAACUGUUUUAAACAUCAACAAUGUCAUCUCUACAAAGCAAGUCAGAACAUUUCAUAUUAAAGCCUAAAACGCACAAUGCUAUGGUCUGUUAACAUGGUGUGAGGGAGAGUGAAUUUCAUCAUCAUUUAAACAUCAACUUCAAAGCACUUGUACUGUAGAUUGUGUGCAGGAGAUUUGUUUUCUCUUUUUCAAACAAACAAGUUGUGGAAUAUAUUAACUGCCAAAACUUAACUUUUUAACCAAAUAAUCAACAAAGUGUUCAAAAUACAUCAAGAUAUAUACACUACACUUGGGUUGUUUUGAUUAUUAACUAAGUUCCAGUUUAGCCUGUGCUCUAUCAAAAAGAUAUAUUGGACAUGUCAUCCCACUGGACACAGAUGUCAAUUCAACAUCUAAACUCAGCAAAAAAAAGAAAUGUCCUCUUUUCAGGAACCCGUCUUUCAAAGAUAAUUUGUAAAGAUCCAAACAACUUCACAGAUCUUCAUUGUAAAGGGUUUAAACACUGUUUCCCAUGCUUGUUCAAUGAACCAUAAACAAUUAAUGAACAUGCACCUGUGGAACGUUCGUUAAGACACUAACAGCUUACAGACAGUAGGCAAUUAAGGUCACAGUUAUGAAAACUUGGGACAGUAAAAAGGCCUUCCAACUGACCCUGAAAAACACAAAAGGAAAGAUGCCCUGGGUCCCUGCUCAUCUGCGUGAACGUGCCUUAGGCAUGCUGCAAGGAGGCAUGCGGACUACAGAUG